AGGCAAAUAAUAAUACAGAGCAAGAGAGAAGAGAAGAGCCAUCGCAAAAAAAGCUAAAGAACCUCCGCAAACAUCAAUGGCUAUAUCCAAACUCCACCUACUCUUUCUUAUUUCACUACUCAGUCUCUCCCUUUAUCGUCCCGUUCUUUCCGACAACAACAACGAUGAGGAAGACAAUCUUCUUCAAGGCAUCAACGACUACAGAACAUCCCUAAACCUAACAAAACUUACACAUAACAACAACGCAGAAUGUCUCGCUGACGAGAUCGCAGACCAGUUCAAGAACCAACCAUGCACUAACACCAGUGGCCCUGCUUCAGUCCCUGGGUCCCAACCUGGUUUCCCAGGGUUCCUAAAUUUCCUCAACAAAUGCCGCCUCAACGUAACCGUAACCAGAGACGGUGAGAUCAUGCAAGCUUGUGUUCCUAACCUUGAUGCGAGUCUUGUCUUGUCUAAUUUCACAAAGUCACGGUACAACAAGAACCUGAAUGACUCUAAGUUUACCGGCAUUGGUAUUGCUUCUGAUGAUAUUUGGAUUGUGGUUAUCCUCACUACGAAUACAUCUGAAGGUGGCUUUAGUCCCGUUACUAACUCAGGAGGUUUCACAUUUGGAGUUAACGGUGUCUUUUCUUCGUGUUUGUUGGUUCUUUUCUUAUCUUUCUUCAUGUUUUGAGUUUCUAUUUUUUUUUGAAAAAAAUGAUCUCAGUUUGGUUGCUUUAUGUUUUUUUUUGGUUCUUCUCUUAGAGCGCCUGGUUUCUUGCUUACCAAGCCAUCCUAUCUUUCUUCAUGUUUUGAGUCUCAUUCUGAGUUUCUUUCAUUGUCUUUGUUAUGUAAAAAAUAUUGUUUUUGGGUGAAAAUCUCAUUGCAUUUGUGUGUUGACUUCUACGGGAUAUAUUGUAGUACUGAACAGCUUAUUUAC